CGGGCGCUAUUUGUGGGGUCCUGACUGUUGGCUAAAUCUACGCAACCAUUUGUGGAAAGUCGGUGUUUUUGAGAAUCUACGCUUCAUAUUAAAGAAUGACAGGCUUGACCUGAUACUUGGACAUCAGACCUUAUCCCACUCCAACAGUGGUGGGUGUUUGUGUUGUCUCACCACCCAUCAUUCUGGACAUCUGAUUUGAUACCUGGCUACUCACAAAUACUGCGGAGACAAUGUACUGCCUCCAGUGGUUGCUUCCUGUCCUGCUGAUCCCCAAACCGUUGAACCCAGCCCUCUGGUUCAACCACUCAAUGUUCAUGGGCUUCUACUUGCUCAGCUUCCUUCUGGAGAGGAAGCCAUGUACCAUUUGUGCCUUAGUAUUCCUUGCAGCAUUGUUUCUCAUCUGCUAUAGCUGCUGGGGAAACUGCUUCCUGUACCACUGCCAUGACUCUCCACUGCCAGACUCUGCACAUGAUCCCAACAUUGUGGGCACCUAGAUUCAGUCACCAGAUCUUCAAAAAACAGCAACAACAAAAAACUCAACUCUCCUUCAUAAUAUUCUCAACGCAGGCCCUGGACAAUCUCUAUCUAGACUUUGAAUGAACCCCAGCAGAAAUGCUGAGAAACUUGCCCAAGAUGAGAACCUCACUGCAGGCCCACCAUGACUUAUCACAAAAGCUCUCUCAAGUCACUGCUUUAUUCUCCACUCUGUGGGGCAAAGGUAUUUUUACUUUUGGUUUUGGGAUUGAAAACUUGCAUGGGUUGCUUCUAGGGUUGUUCAGUGUUAUGGUCAUUCUGCACAACCUUAUUUUAAUUUCUGGAUGCUGAGAGAUUCCAAAGGGUAGUUGGGGUGGAUGGGUGGGUGGGUUAUUUUUCCUGUCACAUGUUACCGAUCAGUUUGAAUCUUAAAGUCUGAGGUAUUACCAUUAGUGGUGAAUGUCAAGACCGAGCUUACUUGAGGUUGAGUGUGCCAGAAAUGAAUAAAUGCACUUCUAAGCAGCUCAGUUUGUUCAAAUGCUGUCACAACUUUUAAUUCAAUAAAGUUUAUAAGCAAAGCAAAAUUACACAGUAAA